AUGGUUGAUGCACAUAGCAACUUGGGUAAUCUAAUGAAAGCUCAAGGGCUGGUCCAAGAAGCAUACAGUUGUUACCUCGAGGCUUUGCGUAUUCAACCUAGCUUUGCUAUUGCAUGGUCAAAUCUUGUUGGUCUGUUCAUGGAGUCUGGUGAUUUCAACAGAGCCCUACAGUAUUACAAGGAAGCUGUUAAACUCAAACCUUCCUUCCCUAAUGUAUACUUGAACCUUGGGAAUGUAUACAAGGCUUUAGGGAUGCCUCAAGAAGCUAUUGCAUGUUAUCAGCAUACUCUUCAGACACGACCAAACUAUGGCAUGGCUUAUGGUAAUUUGGCCAAUGAAAAAGAAAUAAAAACAGCUACUGGCAGCAUGCGCCGCCCCAAGGUGUGGUGUGUUUGUUUUUUUUUAGUUUAA